AAGAGAGAGAAAAGAGAGCGCCAUCGCCAGCGAUAACAUCGCGUACAGCGAUGACGGGAAUAAUCAAGUCAAGAAUAAGCAGUGCAGUGGACGUCUCGAUUUGAGUGUCGUGAUAACGCGAUAGUGGCAAACAGAUGAUAGAUAACCCUCGCGUUGUGUUUCGUAAAUUAGCGAAGCGCGCGGCGAGCGGUUGACACUACCGAACACGUAAGUGCAAGAAGUGAUCGAGAACCGUGAAAACUCAUAACGAGAUAGUAUAAAGAUAUAAUGUGACACAUCGCAAAAAAAUACACUAGUUACUUUGUUCAAAAUGGCAAUUUGGUCUGGACGACCUGGUUGGUUAGGAAAGCUUGGAGUAAUAUUGUUAGCCAUAUGGUUUUUGGUAUUAAUUAUAUCUGUUGUUCAUAUAUUUAAAUCUAACUCCUUGUCAAGUUAUGACACAACUACUGCCAACAAAGAAAACACCCAACGUCUAGCACAAAUGGUUAAGGAUUUUGAAAUUCUAAAGAAGCAAAAUGAUGCACUAAAAAAUUACAUCUUAGGAGAAGCAUUAAGAUCUGUGGAAGGUAAUAAUUUAGGUGCCAUACAAAAUAAGCUAGAAAAAGCAUCUGUUUAUUACGACCUAAUAGAUCACCAAGAUGGAUCAAAGCAUGGUGUUCCUUCUUUAGAAUAUGAAGAACUACGACGACAAUUAAGAAAUAAUAUUCAGGAAACAUGGUAUUAUAUUAAUGCUGAAUUAAAUAAAUUGAAAAAACACAUGGACGAAUUUACAUAUGACCAGAGAGAAAAGGAAAUACAAGAUGUAGUGAAAAAUAUAUGGGAACACAAAAAAUCACUCAUAAUAAAUAUUGAUAAAUUAAAAAAAGCAGAUGGUUAUGAUGAGUGGAGAGAAAAAGAGGCAAAAAGUUUAUCCGAUCUUGUUCAAAGGAGAUUUAGAUAUUUACAAAAUCCUACUGACUGUAAUAAAGCAAGGAAGUUAAUAUGUAGCUUAAAUAAAGGAUGUGGAUUUGGCUGUCAAAUUCAUCACAUCACGUACUGCUUUUUAGUGGCUUAUGGUACAGAACGAACAUUGAUAAUAAAAUCUAAAGGAUGGAGGUACCAUAAGGAUGGCUGGGAAUCUGUAUUUAAACCUCUCAGUGAUACUUGUAUAUCUACGUCCGGUGUUUCGCAUUCUAAUUGGCCUGGCGAUCCUUCUAAACAAGUAAUAUCUCUGCCAAUUGUAGAUAAUGUUAAUCCUAAACCAAGAUUCCAGCCACCCAGUAUACCUGCAGACUUGGCGCCGAGAUUAGAGAAAAUUCAUGGCCAUCCUUUAGUUUGGUGGGUAGGUCAAGUGUUAAAAUAUCUGAUGCGUCCUCAAGAUCAUGUGAAGAAGACACUGGAGAGAGCAAAAGAAAAACUAGGAUUUAAAAAACCUAUUGUUGGCGUUCACGUACGCAGAACCGACAAAGUGGGCACGGAGGCAGCUUAUCAUGACAUAGAUGAAUAUAUGAGCAAAGUAGAACAGUAUUUCGACGAACUUGAAACGAAGCCGGAUGUAAGAAGAGUAUUUUUAGCUAGUGAUGAUCCAAAGGUGAUAUUAACAGCCAGAAAACGUUAUCCUAAUUACGAAAUAAUUGGUGAUCCGGAAAUCGCAGAGACGGCGUCUGUAGCAAAGAGAUAUUCGGACACCUCAUUGCAGGGAAUAAUUAUCGAUAUUCACCUUUUGUCGGAAUGUGAUUAUCUAGUGUGCACGUUCAGCUCUCAAGUGUGUCGCGUAGCAUACGAGCUAAUGCAAACCUUUCACACGGACGCGUAUGAUAAGUUCACAUCUCUCGACGAUAUAUAUUACUACGGGGGACAAAAUCCGCAUCCACAUGUAGCUAUUAUGGAUCAUAAACCGAGAAAAAAUGGAGAGCUGGAAUUACAGGUCGGAGACUUGAUUGAAGUUUAUGGUAAUCACUGGGACGGUUUCUCUAAAGGAUAUAACACCAGAACUAGCAUGACAGGUUUAUUCCCCAGUUUCAAAGUUAAGAAUCCCGUUGACGCGGUAGAUUUUCCGAAAUAUUCAAAUGUUCCUCUACAGGAAAAUAAAGCUAAUUAAAAACGCAGCAAAGAGAGCCUGGCACUGCUAAUGUAAAUUAUCAGAGCUUCAAUAAACUGUUAUUCUUUAGGAUCAAAUUCUUAGAAGAUUAACAAAGAGAUACAAUACAGUACGAUGUAUAUAUAUUUUGCUACGUGAAUGACGAUUUAAAAAAGUCUUACAAAAUGUCCAUGACUCGUCAUGUGUAUUUCAGUUUAAAAAAACCAUAGAGAUAUGUAUUAAUUUAUGUAUGUGUGUUGAACAGUGUAUAAUAUAUAAAAAUUAUUAUUUUUUAUUUUUUAUACAUGAAAAACUGAGUUGUUCAGCAUAUGUUUACACCUUUACAGUAAAACCUCUACUAGAAGAUAUGUAGCAAUAUAUAACGUAUUUGUGAGUUUUAUAUGUUUUCAUUGCAAUUCUAUAAGCUAUAAUGUUGAUUUGAUCAAAAGUUUAAUUAGAGAACAAAUUAUAUCGAAUCAUUUGUAUUUUGACGCGACGAUAUUCCAAAAUACAAAUGAUCUGAAGACAUAUUUAAAGGGUUAGGCCAGAGUUAAUGUUAAAAAAAUCUAAUUUUUAAUUUUUUCCAAGAUUAUAUUUUUAAUAAAAAAUAUAUUAAAAUUAAUAUGAAUUCACAAAAAAAUCUGCUUCUAAGUCAUUAGAGUCCAUCGAUUUUGUUUGAUUACCAAUUCAACUUGUUAGCAGAUUCUACCAUCAAUUUGUAUAGUAAAGUUUAUCGGCAGAUUUUGCUUGAUGUUUGACAUCACGCUAUUGUAAUAUUAUCUUAGCUCUUUUAUUUUAAUUUUACCGCCAACCAUCUACAGUUAUCGAAUACAAUAAAGUCUGCAGUAAAUCUGUGAUCUUUUUUGUGACAAAAAUUGUAUCUUAAUAAAAUCUGCGCUUGCAAAUUUAAUUGGCUAAAGAAAGUUUAAUUUUCAGUUUUUUGACCGAUCUCUGGCUCAACGCUUUAAUAUUCUUAGUAUUGGCAAAAUUAAGAAUAUUUUGCAUUA